AUGAAGAAAGCUCUGCAACACACUGACAGACCAUCAGAUGUUGGAAAGAUCAUGGAGUCACUACAGGACAACAACACCCAACUAGAUAUCGCCAUCACAGGAGAAUCUGGCUCUGGCAAAUCCACCUUUGUUAACGCCCUCAGAGAGCUGUCCGAUGGUGACGAGGGAGCUGCUCCUACUGGUGUUACAGAAACAACCUCAGAGGUCACACCGUACCCCCAUCCAAAGUAUCCCACUGUUAUCUUGUGGGAUCUUCCUGGAAUCGGCACCACCAAGUUUCCAGCUGAUAAGUACCUGGAGCUUGUUGGAUUUGAGAAGUUUGACUUCUUCAUCAUCAUCUCAGACAGUCGCUUCAGAGAAAAUGAUGUGAAACUUGCUCAGGAGAUUCAGAGGAUGGAGAAGAAGUUCUACUUUGUUCACUCAAAGAUCGACAACGAUUUAGAAAGAAGUCAGAGAGAGUUUAAGGUGGAGAAGACUCUUUCACAAAUCAGACAAGACUGCAUUCAAGGACUCAGAGGAUUAGGCAUCAAGACUCUGCAGGUCUUCCUGGUGUCCAGCUUUCAGCUCCACCAGUAUGACUUCCCCCUCUUACGCAAAGCCUUGGAGAGCGGCCUUCCUGAAGUCAAGAGAGAUGCUCUGCUGUUGGCCACGCCCAGUAUCAGCCACGAGAUCAUCAGCAAGAAGAAAGAAGCUUUCAAGGUAUCAGAGACAAGCACAGACAACCAAUUUGAAAUUGAAACUGUGAGAGAAGAAAUUAAAGAAGCUCUGCUGAAAAAUGACAAAUCGCUGGCUAUCACAAAGAUCAAGGAGUUACUGGACAAGGAGAGGAACACUCCACUGAAUAUCGCCAUCACAGGAGAAUCUGGCUCUGGGAAAUCCACCUUUGUUAAUGCCUUCAGGGGCAUGGACAACAGAGAGGAGGGAGCGGCUCUGACUGGUGUUACAGAAACAACCUCAGAAGUCACACCGUACCCCCAUCCAAACUAUCCUAAGGUUACUUUAUGGGAUCUUCCUGGAAUCGGCACCACCAAGUUUCCAGCUGAUAAAUAUUUGGAGCGUGUUGGAUUUGAGAAGUUUGACUUCUUCAUCAUCGUCUCAGCCGAUCGCUUCAGAGAAAAUGAUGUGAAACUCGCUCAGGAGAUUCAGAGGAUGGAGAAGAAGUUCUACUUUGUUCGCUCAAAGAUUGACACCGAUUUACGACCCGAGAGAAGAAAGAGAAACUUCAGCGAAGAGGAGACUCUUAGGAAAAUGAGGGAAAACUGCAUUCAAGGACUCAGAGAUUUAGGCGUCGAGUCUCCGCAGGUGUUCCUGGUGUCCAGCUUUGAGCUCCACCUCUACGGCUUCUCUCUCUUACAUGAGACCUUAGACAGAGACCUUCCUGAACACCAAAGACAUGCUCUGCUGCGCGCCAUGCCCAACAUCAGCCUGGAGAUCAUCGACAAGAAGAAAAAAACUUUCAAGCGCCGAUUGUAUUGGUUGUCCGCUCUGUCUGCAGCUGUAGCUGCUGUUCCAGUUCCUGGUCUUUCUAUUGCUGUUGACAUAGGGGUGCUAGUUGGUGCUGUCACAGAUUACGUCUUUGGGUUUGGUCUUGAUAUCAAGUCUCUGCAGAGACUGUCUGCCAGCACAGGCGUGCCACACGCCGAUCUGCAUGCCGCCAUCGUUUCUCCGCUGGCUGCGGUGAAAAUAUCGAAAGAGCUCCUCCUCAAGGUGUUGCGCCAAAUUGCAGGAGCAGCUACAUUUAUGGCACUGGAGGAAGUUUCCAGAUUCAUUCCAAUAGUUGGAAUCCCGCUGGCAAUGGUAUUCUCUUUUACCACAACUUACAGACUUUUGAAUUUCAUCCUCAACCAGCUCGCUGAAGACGCCCAGAAGGUAUUUAAAAAGGCUCUGGGACUGAACACCUCAGUGUGA